CCCGCUGGGGCGGGUGGUGCCGGUGCGGCCGGGCCGCGCUGGGACGGGCGGCGGUGCCGGGGUUGCUGCGGGUCCGGGAGGUCCCUCUGUUCCAGAGGAAUGCGCCACCAGCGCCUCCCACCUGCCUGCUUGUCCCCUGAGGCGCGGGGUAGUGCACGGUCCCAGCUCUCCGUGCGAUCGGUUUGAGUAGAAAUGAGAAAAUUGACGAUUUGUGAUCGAGCUCCCCAUUCCGUGUUCCCACAGGGUUCCUGCAUGCUGCUUAGGAGCAAGUGAGUUGAAUGCUGUGCCCUUUACUGCACCCUGCAAAUCACCAGCCCAUGUGGAGUAGCACUAAGAAAACCUCCAUCUUUGCUGUUUAGUAUAAAUCGAGUUAUUUCCAGGUCGCUCAGAGCUGGUUCUGAUGUCAGCAGAAGGCUGCACCAUCACGGUUCGCCUGGUGCGCUCCUUCCAGCACCGCAAUUUCCGGCCCCUGGUGUUCCACGGCGUGCCCUUGGAGCAGACGGUGCGGGAGUUCAUGGCCUUUGUGCGCCAGGAUGUGUCUUCAAGAUCAGGACUUCCUCCUCCUUUUAAAAAUUACAAGUAUGAUACAAUGAAGAUUAUUCACCAAGCACACAAAUCUAAGACUGGUGAGCUUGUAGUGAGUUUGGAAGAUGAUGACAAACUGAUUUUGAAGGAAGACAGCACGCUGAAAGCAGCUGGAGUAGAAAAUGAGACGGAAUUAGCAUUCUUCUGUGAGGAAGAUUACAGAAACUACAGAGCUAAUCCUGUUUCGGCCUGGUGAAGAUCCCAAGAGAUUGUUUUGUUUUCCCAUACCUGUUGUAAAUUUUCCUUAUUCUGCUUAAUGAGAUUUUUCUUAAAGAUCAAUAAAUCCUAGAGGAUUUCUUUGCAAACAGUGCAAUUCCCUUCCUGUAGAAAUUAAUUUCUGUCAAUAUGCUAAGGCUGGGAGAGGAAAAACUGGGGGACAUAAAUGACUUUUUUCUUCCUCCCUUUUCUGUUUGCUGUGCUUGGCUCUUGAGCCUCAGGCAAUGCCAUCCCUGGAUGUGACACAGGUUCUUGGUGUGAUCCCACAGCACACAGUAGCUGCAUGUGGAGAUUAUAGAAUGCACAGGAUGAUCCCAUCACAGUACUAAUGAAAAUGAAGUGAAACCUCCUGCAAAUGAAAUGAAAUGUUUUAUGACCAGAUCACUGGGUAUUUUAAAGAACUUGAGAAGAGAAUCUCUCUGUUUCAAGUCACAGCUUUACUUCUCUCAUUUUAUUUGGUCUCUUUUGUUUAAAUAGUGCAGACUGGCCGGUGUUUCAUGCUUUUCAGCGGUGAAUGCUCUCCAUUAUCCUCUCUUCCAGCCCUCUUUAGCAUGCUGAAAGGGACAAAUGUCUGCUGGGAGGCUUUUGUGUGCACAGACCAGCUCGCCUGUUUCUAGCUUCACUUCAUGGAGCCACCUCCACACGGGGCUAGCAGCUCCAGUUCUGCCAGGACAUCACUGUGCCUAAGUAGGGAUUGGGCAUUUUUCCAAGUGGAGUGAAAGCUCAUGGUUCAGUUUUAAGAAUAAAACCUGAAUGAUUGCAUUUUUUGCAAGGAGAGGCCCAGCCUGUGAGCCACAUGUCUUCAAGACUGGAAUUUAUUCCUUUGUGCUUUCCAUGAGCCAAAUACUCUGUUGCAAUGUGUUUGUUCUUGGUGAUGCUGGCCUUUCCUACUACAUGGACCAAUUUAAGAAUAAUAGAAAACAAUCCUGCAUCCCAUAAGGUAGACAUCACUUAUGAAAUGCUUUAAGGGGGUACCUAUAUGGGACACUGUGCCUUUAAGCCUCCCCUCACUGAAAGAGGAGUGAUGCUGGCUCUGUGCCUUAGCAGGAUUUUUGGGCUCUGCUGAAUUGAACAGGACCUCACAUGCAAUUGCUUUAGACCCACACAUCUAUGCUGAGCUCUGGGUGAGGGCUGACAAUGCUAUAGCCAUGAGAACUUCCUGGAGGAGUAACCCUGCCAUUUCCUAGAGCUUUGAUUAUUGUUUUUAUUGACAUGUGUGGCUUCCAAAGUGUCUAAGUAGAAUUUCCCUUUGUUUUAGAUGUAGGGCCAAAGAACCCUCUGUGUAUUGUUCCCACCUCAUUUUCUUCAUCCUUACUGACAACUCCCUGGUUUAGGCUGUAAGAAAAUUGGGAAAUUUAGUGACUACAAGAAAAUGGUCUGGGAUUAUAUCAGGUGCAGUGCAAAGGACCAAAACAUGCCAAAACUAAGCUCACAGAUGUUGCAAAAGCAGGGGAAAAAGUCAAGGAGGAAGACACAACUUGGAGGGGAAGAUAUGAGGGACAUGGCAUGGAUACUUUAAAAAAAAAAGAAAAAAAAUCUUGCCCAAAGUCAAAGCCAUUCAAAGGCCGGCCAUAUGCCAUCCAGUGCAGGCACAUGCACCAAAGCUUGCCCAAAUUGAUCCCUGCUGAAGGCCAAAACAGAAAAGACUUAGAAGCACUCUGGAAUGGAGAUACCAUCAAAGGAAUUGCUAUUGGAGGAGAAAAAAAAGAAAA